ACCCAGCAGCGACCUGUUUCACAUCAACAAUGAGUCUCCUCGCUGGCUCCAGUGCAAAAAUAUCCUGUAUUUUUAUUAAUCUUCCGAAAAUCUAAUCCAUUAGUAGUUAAACAAAUAAAUCCCUUAGCGACCACCGGAAGCGGUGCAUGAAUAGAGGGAGAGAUCAGGCUGCUGGACAGGAAAAACCAGGUGAACAGCGGGUGUGGCGAUGGCUGGUGGAAGGAGAGGGACCAAUCGGACCACCUACUGCAGACCUCCGUUAGGUAGUGAUGCAGGCUCUGUCGCCAAUGGCAACCACACCAACAGCUCCCCGGUCACAGGGGUGCGAUCCCGAGCAAGGAACGGCUCUGGAAGCUGCAUGUCGAGCCCCCCGCUUGCUGCUCAGACUGUGGUUCCUCUGAAGCACUGCAAGAUCCCCGAGCUGUCCAUGGACCGGAACGUAUUGUUUGAGCUCCACCUCUUCUUCUGCCACCUUAUCGCCCUGUUUGUUCACUAUGUCAACAUCUACAAGACUGUGUGGUGGUACCCCCCGUCACACCCUCCCUCCCACACAUCGCUGAACUUCCAUCUCAUUGAUUAUAACAUGCUGGUGUUCACAAUCAUUAUACUAGCAAGGAGGCUAAUUGCAGCAAUUGUAAAAGAGGCAUCACAGAGUGGAAAACUCUCCUUCCCCCACUCGAUAUUUUUAGUGAUGGCCCGGUUUGCAGUGCUAACGCUGACAGGCUGGAGCCUUUGUCGAUCCCUCAUUUACCUGUUCAGAACCUACUCUGUCCUCAGCCUGCUCUUCCUAUGCUACCCAUUCGGGAUGUACAUUCCUUUCUUCCGACUGAGCUGCGAUUUUCGGCGGGCGGGUUAUCUCUCACCGAUCGCGAGCAUCGGCUCCAAAGAGGUUGGUAGUGUGAGCCGCGGCAGGGACUACUUCACCGUGCUGAAGGAGACGUGGAAGCAGCACACAAGCCAGCUGUACGGCGUCCAGGUGAUGCCCACACAUGCCUGCUGCCUGUCUCCUGACCUCAUUCGAAAAGAGGUGGAGUUCCUAAAGAUGGACUUCAACUGGAGGAUGAAGGAAGUGCUGGUCAGCUCGAUGCUUAGUGCUUAUUAUGUGGCCUUUGUACCUGUAUGGUUUGUAAAGAGCACUCAGUAUGUAGAUAAGCGAUGGUCCUGUGAGCUGUUUAUACUGGUGUCAGUCAGCACAUCAGUCAUCCUCAUGAGGCACUUGUUGCCGCCUCGGUACUGCGACCUGCUUCACAAAGCUGCAGCCCACCUCGGCUGCUGGCAGAAGGUCGACCCCUCUCUCUGCUCCAACGUCCUUCAGCACAUAUGGACUGAAGAGUACAUGUGGCCUCAGGGAGUCCUGGUAAAACAUAAUAAGAACGUGUAUAAAGCCAUGGGCCACUAUAAUGUUGCUGUUCCUUCAGAUGUGUCCCACUAUCGCUUUUAUUUUUUCUUCAACAAGCCUUUACGAAUAUUGAACAUUCUCAUCAUCCUCGAAGGCGCCAUCAUUUUCUACCAGCUGUACUCGCUGAUCUGCUCGGAAAAGUGGCACCAGACGAUAUCUCUGGCCCUGAUUCUCUUCAGUAACUAUUAUGCCUUCUUCAAGCUCCUCAGAGACAGAAUAGUCCUAGGAAAAGCAUACUCGUUCCCAAACAGCUCAUCAGUCCAGAAAGUCAGCUAGAGCUCCUGUUGUUCCAUUAGAACAGGAUGAACAUGCCUAAGAGCUAUGUAUUUUUUUUUUUACAAGCAAGAUUUGUGUCACGUUUUUGUCCUGAAUUGCCAUAAGAAAAAAUAAAUAUUUUUGUAUU